GCCGCCUCGCCGCCCCUCCCCCCGGCCGGAGCUCACUGUCUCCAAGAUGGCGGCCGUGUCAGUUUGGGGCAUCUCCGCGGUCCGGCCCGGCGCCCCGGGAUCCCGGCUCUCUUUCUUCCCGGCAUAAGAAGCACAUUUUUCUGCUCUGAAGCUGGGAAUGAGAUAUUCUUGAGUUCUUACAACUUUAUGAAGAGACCCAUGUGUGGUGCUACUGAGAAAUUUAUUGGAAAGUUUGAAGACAUUUCAAAUAACAGGUUAUUUUGGUUUCUAAAGUAAAAGCAGGGAGGCAUUCUGUUUUGUGAAAGGAGGAAGGACUCAGGCCAGAAAACUUGUAUGCUAUGGUUAACUGGUUCCCAGCCUCCGAGAAUCUUGUUUUCCAUGGUGUAAAACUUACUCAGCAUCAGGAUAAGGGAUAACGACUCUAUGGAUAUACAGAAUCCUUCACCAUGGUAAAACUCGCCAACCCGCUGUAUACUGAGUGGAUUUUGGAGGCCAUUAAAAAAGUAAAGAAGCAGAAACAGCGUCCUUCAGAAGAAAGGAUAUGCAAUGCAGUGUCUUCCUCCCAUGGCUUGGAUCGUAAAACUGUUUUAGAACAAUUGGAGUUGAGCGUUAAAGAUGGAACAAUUUUAAAAGUUUCAAAUAAAGGACUCAAUUCCUAUAAAGAUCCUGAUAAUCCUGGGCGAAUAGCACUUCCUAAACCUCGAAACCAUGGAAAAUUGGAUAACAAACAAAGUGUGGAUUGGAAUAAACUGAUCAAACGGGCAGUUGAUGGCUUGGGAGAGUCUGGUGGCUCAACUUUGAAAAGUAUUGAACGUUUUUUGAAAGGUCAGAAGGAUGUGUCUGCAUUAUUUGGAGGCAGUGCUGCCUCUGGCUUUCACCAGCAAUUACGAUUGGCUAUCAAACGUGCCGUUGGCCAUGGCAGGCUCCUCAAAGAUGGACCUCUUUAUCGGCUCAACACUAAAGCAACCAGUGUGGAUGGGAGAGAGAGUUGUGAGUCUCUUUCCUGUUUACCUCCAGUGUCACUUCUUCCACAUGAAAAGGAUAAGCCGGUUGCUGAACCAAUUCCCAUCUGUAGUUUCUGUCUUGGUACAAAAGAACAAAACCGAGAAAAGAAGCCAGAGGAACUCAUCUCCUGUGCCGACUGUGGCAACAGUGGUCAUCCAUCCUGUUUAAAGUUUUCCCCCGAACUAACGGUUAGAGUGAAGGCCUUACGGUGGCAGUGCAUUGAGUGUAAAACGUGCAGCUCCUGUCGAGAUCAAGGCAAAAAUGCAGAUAACAUGCUCUUUUGUGAUUCGUGUGACCGGGGUUUUCACAUGGAAUGUUGUGAUCCACCACUUACCCGGAUGCCAAAAGGCAUGUGGAUAUGUCAAAUAUGUCGACCUAGGAAAAAAGGACGAAAACUUCUACAAAAGAAGGCAGCACAGAUAAAACGGCGCUAUGCUAAUCCAAUAGGACGUCCAAAAAACAGAUCAAAAGGUCCCUUCAGCAAAGUUCGAACUGGCCCUGGAAGGGGUCGCAAACGUAAAAUCACUCUCUCCAGCCAGUCGGCAUCAUCGUCAUCAGAAGAAGGAUAUUUAGAGCGAAUAGAUGGCUUGGACUUCUGCAGAGAUAGCAGUGUCCCCUUGAAAUUCAACAAGAAAACCAAAGGGCUCAUUGAUGGCCUUACCAAAUUCUUCACCCCUUCCCCUGAUGGGCGGAAACCUCGAGGGGAAGUGGUGGACUACUCUGAGCAAUACAGAAUCAGGAAAAAGGGCAACAGAAAAUCAAGCACUUCAGAUUGGCCCACAGACAAUCAGGAUGGCUGGGAUGGCAAACAAGAAAGUGAGGAGCGGCUCUUUGGGAGCCAGGAAAUCAUGACUGAAAAAGAUAUGGAAUUAUUUCGUGAUAUCCAAGAACAAGCACUGCAGAAAGUUGGAGUGACUGGUCCCCCUGACCCACAAGUCCGUUGUCCUUCCAUCAUUGAAUUUGGGAAGUAUGAAAUUCACACCUGGUACUCCUCCCCGUAUCCUCAAGAAUACUCAAGGCUGCCCAAAUUAUAUCUUUGUGAAUUCUGUCUAAAAUACAUGAAAAGUAGAACUAUUCUACAGCAGCACAUGAAGAAAUGUGGUUGGUUCCAUCCUCCUGCCAAUGAGAUUUACCGAAAGAAUAAUAUUUCUGUCUUUGAGGUUGAUGGGAACGUGAGUACCAUUUAUUGUCAAAACCUGUGUCUCUUGGCAAAGUUGUUUCUUGACCACAAAACACUCUAUUAUGAUGUGGAGCCAUUUCUUUUUUAUGUUCUAACACAGAAUGAUGUCAAGGGCUGCCACCUUGUUGGCUACUUUUCUAAAGAAAAGCACUGCCAACAGAAGUACAAUGUUUCCUGUAUAAUGAUUCUUCCCCAAUACCAGCGUAAGGGCUAUGGCAGGUUUCUCAUCGAUUUCAGUUAUUUGUUAUCAAAGCGUGAAGGCCAAGCAGGGUCUCCAGAGAAACCAUUAUCCGAUCUAGGUCGUCUUUCCUACAUGGCUUAUUGGAAAAGUGUAAUAUUGGAGUGCCUUUAUCACCAAAAUGACAAACAAAUCAGCAUUAAGAAGUUGAGCAAGUUGACCGGAAUCUGCCCUCAAGACAUCACUUCCACACUCCACCACCUACGAAUGCUGGACUUCCGUAGUGACCAAUUUGUGAUUAUCCGCCGGGAGAAACUUAUCCAGGAUCACAUGGCAAAGCUUCAGCUGAAUUUGCGGCCUGUAGAUGUAGAUCCGGAAUGUCUGCGCUGGACGCCUGUCAUAGUGUCCAACUCUGUUGUCUCAGAGGAAGAAGAAGAGGAGCCUGAGGAAGGAGAAAACGAAGAGCUGCAGUGCCGGGAAAGAGAAUUGGAGACCAGUGUAGGAAAGUCUGUGUCUCGGGAAGACAAAGAACAAGAUUCUUAUUCUUCAGUAGAAAGUGAAAAGAAAUCAGAAGUUAUGGCUCCAGUCAGUUCUACACGUUUGAACAAACAAGUGCUUCCCCGUGACAGUCUUCCCGCAAACAGUCAGCCACCUCGGAGGGGCCGCUGGGGGAGGAAGAAUAGGAAAACCCAGGAACGUUUUGGUGAUAAAGAUUCUAAACUGCUCUUGGAAGAGACAACAUCAACUCCUCAGGAACACUAUGGAGAAUGUGAGGAAAAAUUGGAAACCUCCCAAGAACAGUACACGGAAAGUGAGGAGCACUCAGGAGCCUCCCAGGAGCAGCCCAGCCAGGAUGGGCAGCCAGACCUUCCCACGAGGAGACUCAGCGAGGGGAGUGAGCCGUGGCGAGGGCCGCUGCGCAGGAGCCCUGAGGCUCUGCAGUGCAGGCUGCCAGAAGGAAACGACAGACUGCCCCGGCGUUACAGCGAUGGCGACAGGGCGCUCCUCAGGGGCUUCAGUGAGAGCAGUGAGGAAGAAGAAGAGCCAGAAAGCCCUCGGUCAAGCUCGCCACCAAUUCUCACAAAGCCCACACUGAAGCGAAAGAAGCCAAUUCUUCACCGAAGAAGGAGAGUCCGAAAGCGCAAACACCACAAUAGCAGUGUAGUCACGGAAACCAUUUCUGAGACUACAGAGGUAUUAGAUGAACCUUUUGAAGACUCUGACUCUGAGAGGCCAAUGCCAAGAUUGGAACCCACGUUUGAGAUAGAUGAGGAAGAGGAGGAAGAAGAUGAAAGUGAACUCUUCCCUAGAGGAUACUUCCAUCGUUUGUCCUCGCAGGACGUUCUCAGGUGUCGAUCCUCUUCUAAGAGGAAGUCUAAAGAUGAAGAAGAAGAUGAAGAAUCAGAUGAUGCUGAUGACACUCCUGUCCUAAAGCCAGUAUCUCUCUUAAGAAAAUGUGAUGUGAAGCAUUCUCCACUUGAGCCAGAUACAUCCACACCUAUGAAAAAGAAAAAGGGGUGGCCCAAAGGCAAGAGCCGUAAACCAACCCAUUGGAAGAAAAGACCUGGGCGAAAACCAGGGUUUAGGCUGAACCGGGAAAUCGUGCCCAUUUGUACCCAAGAGUGCGUUGUUGGGCCCAUUGCCCCCACUCCCAAAUCUGGACGUAAACCCGAGAUUCAAGAGAGUGAAGAAACUGCUGAACCCAAGGAAGACUUGCCCUUAUGCGAAGGAAGGAAGGAAGAGGAGAUGCACGUGGAAGCAGAAGAAGCUGACGAGGGAGAGGAAGAGGAUACAGGCAGCAGUGAGGUCAGAGCGGCUUCUCCAGUGGACAGCAGCAAUAGUCCCGAGACCGAAACUAAAGAGCCUGAGGUGGAGGAGGAGGAAGAAAAACCCCGCCUCUCAGGAGAGCAGAGGCAGACAGAGGAAGAGCAGCAAGAAUUGGGAGAACAGGAGCAAGAGGAAGAAGAUGAAGCAACUGCAGAGACAAACCAGAAUGAAGACCAUGAUGCAGAUGAUGAAGACGACGGCCAUCUGGAGCCGACACAGACAGCGGGGCUGGGGGAGCAGCCUGUCGGGGAAGAUGUCAAGGAGGAGCCCCGUGGCCAGGAGUCUUUUUUAGGUACUAACCUGCAGAACAGGGAGAAUACAAAGGAUAAAGAUGAAACAGAGCCAGACUCUGAAGAGGAGCAGCCUUCCCACGAGACAUCGGUGGUGUCAGAGCACAUGCCGGGGUCUGAGGAUGACCAUGAAGAAGAGUCGCACACUAAGGAAGACUUAAUUGAAUUAAAAGAGGAAGAGGAGAUUCCUCAUAGUGAACUGGAUCUGGAAACUGUUCAAGCAGUGCAGUCUUUGACUCAAGAAGAAAGCAAUGAGCACGAGGGCGCCUACCAGGACUGUGAAGAAACUCUCGCGGCUUGUCAGACCCUGCAGAGCUACACCCAGGCUGACGAAGACCCUCAGAUGUCCAUGGUUGAAGACUGUCAUGCUUCAGAACAUAACAGCCCAAUCUCCUCUGUUCAGUCUCAUCCCAGCCAGUCAGUCCGUUCGGUCAGCAGUCCCAACGUGCCUGCCCUUGAGAGUGGUUACACCCAGAUCAGCCCGGAACAAGGAUCCCUGUCCGCACCCUCUAUGCAGAACAUGGAGACCAGCCCCAUGAUGGAUGUGCCUUCCGUAUCAGACCACUCUCAGCAGGUGGUGGACAGCGGCUUCAGUGAUCUGGGCAGCAUCGAGAGCACCACAGAAAACUACGAGAACCCCAGCAGUUACGACUCCACGAUGGGUGGCAGCAUCUGUGGGAAUAACUCUUCCCAGAGCAGCUGCUCCUAUGGUGGGCUGUCGUCCUCCAGCAGCCUCACCCAGAACAGCUGUGUGGUCACCCAGCCCAUGGCCAGCGUGGGCAACAGCUGCAGCAUGAUGCAGCAGAACAGCGUCCAGCCUGCUGCAAACUGCAAUAUCAAGUCACCUCAGAGUUGCGUGGUGGAGAGGCCUCCCAGUAACCAGCAGCAGCCGCCACCACCGCCACCACCCCAGCAGCAGCAGCAGCAGCAGCAGGCGCCAGCACCACAGCCGCCACCACCCCAGCAGCAGCCCCAGCCCCCACAGCCUCAGCCCCAGCCCCCACAGCCACAGCCCCCGCCCCCGCCCCAGCAGCAGCCACCCCUGUCACAGUGCAGUAUGAAUAACAGUUUCACUCCAGCUCCUAUGAUCAUGGAGAUACCAGAAUCUGGAGGCACUGGGAACAUAAGUAUCUAUGAGAGGAUUCCAGGGGAUUUUGGGGCCGGCAGCUACUCUCAGCCGUCAGCUACCUUCAGCCUCGCCAAGCUGCAGCAGCUGACGAACACCAUCAUGGACCCUCACGCCAUGCCUUAUAGCCAUUCCCCUGCUGCGACUUCCUAUGCAACCAGUGUUUCUCUGUCCAAUACAGGGCUGGCUCAGCUGGCUCCGUCCCAUCCAUUAGCUGGGGCUCCUCAAGCACAAGCCACCAUGACACCGCCCCCAAACUUGGCAUCCACUACCAUGAACCUCACGUCACCUCUUCUCCAGUGCAACAUGUCUGCCACCAACAUUGGCAUUCCUCACACUCAGAGGUUGCAAGGGCAGAUGCCAGUUAAGGGGCACAUUUCCAUCCGCUCCAAAUCUGCACCACUGCCCUCUGCGGCCGCCCACCAGCAGCAGCUGUACGGCCGCAGCCCGUCCGCAGUUGCCAUGCAGGCCGGCCCUCGGGCACUGGCUGUUCAGCGUGGCAUGAACAUGGGGGUUAAUUUAAUGCCAACUCCUGCCUAUAAUGUCAAUUCCAUGAAUAUGAACACCUUGAAUGCCAUGAACAGCUAUCGAAUGACACAGCCCAUGAUGAACAGCAGUUACCAUAGCAACCCUGCCUACAUGAACCAGACAGCACAGUAUCCUAUGCAGAUGCAGAUGGGGAUGAUGGGGGGCCAGGCCUAUGCCCAGCAGCCUAUGCAGCCAAACCCGCACGGGAACAUGAUGUACACGGGCCCCUCCCACCACAGCUACAUGAAUGCCGCCGGCGUACCCAAGCAGUCGCUCAACGGACCUUACAUGCGAAGAUGAGCAAGAGGAACUCGCAGUUAAAAACUUAAAUAUAUAUAAAUAAAGGAACCUUUUAUACUGACAAACCAGAGAAAAAUGGACCUUUUUUCCAGUUAAAAUAUUGCUGUAGAUUUAGAGGAAUUUUUCUUUGGUUUAUUUUUAUUUUUUAGUAAGUCUGAUCUCUUUUUUUGGGUUCAUUUUGUUCUGGGUUUUGGUUUUCUUCACAAUCUUGAACAUUUUACAGUAGAACUCAUCUAAAAAGGAUUUGGGGAUAGGGGAAACAUGCACAAAAUCUUUUCAUAAUUAAAAGAGCCUUACUUUCUUUACAUACCACAUGGACAGAAUUUGUGUAAAAGUGAAUUACUUUAUUUUAAAAUGUAUGUUUCCCCUCACUGUUUGCAGCUCCCAAUGUUGUCAUUUUUAAAUGUUAUAUAUACAUCUCAAGGGUUAACCAGACCCUUUCCUCCAAACCCAACCUUUCAUUUCCUACUUCAUUCCAGCAGGAGGCACUUAGGGGAGACUCGGAUGGGGACAUGGAGAACAACCCAAGCUCCUUAAACUUAUUAUUAUUGUUAAUAUUAUUAUUAUUAUUAAUAAAAUGAGGCAGGAAUGUGCUUCUCCUUUUAAAAUCCCCUCCACUCCCUACCCCCCACACACACACCUCUUGAAACCUUUCCCUAAGAAUGUUUCUUUAUAAACGGACUUAAUUGAAAUCUUUGUUUUUCUUGAAUCAAGUGUAAUAUAAUUUUUUUCUUCUUCUUUUUUUAAAUAUUCCCACUCAGCACUCAGAGACACAAAAAUACUGUAAGUCUCAACAGCAGAAUCUCAGAGGAAAGCUCUUUGCAACCCUAAUCCAGCCUUUGGAGGAAUAGAGACGGCCAGUUAACAAUCAAGAAGGGGAAAUUGACCUCUUGUUUUUUACCACCUGGGGAAUCAGCCAUAGCACACAUACACCACCGGCCUCUGUUCUCAGUGUGUACUUUGAAAUGCUAAGGGUCUUGAUCUCUCAAGGCUCUCCUGAGCCUUUGACUCUUAACAAAACUCAAGUAGCAGUCCCCAGUGAUUUGCCUCUUACAUUCUUUCGGAAAGUGUUGGUGGAUGACUGUACAUUUCAGUGAUUUAAAAAAUACCUGACAAACCUUUGACACUGUUUAUGCUGGAAGAGAUGACGCAGAGUCUGUGUCGGAAGGGAGAUUAUGGUGUGAAUUUCAUAGCUACUUAUUGAUACAUACCUCUAGUUCUGAUUUUGUUUUUUGAGAUACUGAGUUCAUCCCCUGUGAAUCCGAGCGCACAAGCCCCUCUCUGCAAGUGGCUAAUAAGAAGAGGGACAGACUUACCACCAGCAUAGUAGGGCAAACCUGGACGGCGGGAAUUCAGCAGGUUCACAUGUUGCUCCCAACUCCAUUCUCUUCUCUUGUGCAGCCAGUUCGCCCAUUCUCUUUUUAUUACUUACUCCAGGGAUAGGUAAAAAUAUAUAUAUAUAUAUUCCAUCAUUAGAAGAUGGAAACUAUUAUACCACUUGGUAUGUGCAGUCAAAUAUCCAAAAGGGGGGAGUACUGCUUAAAGAAAUAACUGUAAGCAUUAAAUUCUCUCCUUUAUUUGUACAUUUUAUAUAGAUAAAUUUUUAAAGUACUAAUUAGGCAUUAAAUUUUUUCAAAUGCACAGGUUUGUUGGUUUUUUUAUACACUUUAAAUUGACUUUGUCAAUUGUGUUAGAUAGAAAAAGGCAGAAUUCCACGUCUUAACCACUAUCCACUCUGAGCAUGUGCAAGGCUGUGUAGGACCCAGUCUCUGUAUAUACCGUUGCAGCUCCCAGUCAUCUGUGUAGAACGUGCACUGUGCUGCCCUCUCCCUACAUCUGCAGCUGCAUCAUUGCUUCCUGGUUGGGGUGGGGAGGGGGGCGGGAGGGAGGUAUAUUGGGAGGAGGGUGGGUCAAGGCAGAAGGAGAAGCUGUUGAAAUGAGGGCCGUGAAUUCAGUUUCUGUUGGUUUGCGGUUGUCUUUGGUUUUGUUUGUUUCUUUAAAAAAAAAAAUUUCAAUCGGGCAGCUCCCUUUUCCACAAGCCUCUUUGUGACUGUAGAACUAUUGUAGAAAAAAAAAAUGUUCUUUUCUAUAUUAUAAAAGAAAUUAUCCAACACAGUAAUAUUGGUACCUGUCAUUUUUUCACUUCUGUUUUAAAAAAAUGUAUUUUUAGCAAGAUAACUUGGGUAAUCUUCUAAAAAAGAAAUUUAAAAACUCACUGUUAGUGACUUUGAUGCCUUUUAAAAUAAGAGCUUUUUCAUUUCAUUCCAUCUUUAAAAUUUUUUAUCUUUGUUGUAGAAUAUUGAAAACUAUUUUAAGAAAGAUAAAAAUUCUCUUUAAAGAGAUCUCUAGAGUGUGUGAAUAGAGCUCCAGAUGCCUCUAAAAGCCGCAUGUACAAAUGAAGCUAAGUCUAUUCCUGUCUGUUUAUAUUUGCUUUUCCUGUUUUGUAACCUCUUUGUACUUGGUUCCUGGUGACUUGUAAGCUGCGGGGAAGGGGUGCCUAGAUGCCUUUACACUUCCCUGUGCCAUGCGCUCCUGGGCCAGUUGGCCUCCCUUCCUCUACUUGGAUGUAAUAUCUUUUUUUCCCCCUUUCUAGCAAGUACUUUCAAAAGAACUCUGUACAUUUUAACAUAAAAAUAAAUUAUGUUGAGCCAUUUUGGA